AUGUCGGACUAUAGCCCGGCCGGGCCCCCGCCCUCCGGAGGGCCCCCCGGUGGGGGAGCCGGCGGAGCCGGAGCUGGGGGGCCGCCCCCGGGAGGAGCGGGCGCGGGGGGGCCCGGCCCGGGCGGAGCGGGGGGGCCGCCCGGGGGGAUCCGCAAGGACGCCUUCGCCGACGCCGUGCAGCGGGCCCGACAGAUAGCGGCUAAAAUUGGGGGUGAUGCAGCUACCACGGUGAACAACAACACUCCAGACUUUGGGUUUGGGGGUCAGAAGAGGCAACUGGAAGAUGGAGACCAGCCAGAGAGCAAGAAACUGGCUGCUCAAGGUGACUCAAUGUCAGCUCAACUUGGACCGAUCCAUCCUCCUCCCAGGUCUACAGUGACUGAAGAGUACAGAGUACCUGAUGGCAUGGUGGGACUCAUUAUAGGCAGAGGAGGUGAACAGAUCAACAAAAUCCAGCAAGACUCUGGCUGCAAAGUACAGAUAUCGCCAGACAGUGGCGGAUUACCAGAGCGGAGCGUCUCUCUGACUGGAUCCCCAGAAUCUGUCCAGAAGGCGAAAAUGAUGCUGGAUGAUAUCGUGUCGCGGGGUCGUGGGGGGCCACCUGGCCAGUUCCACGACAACGCCAACGGGCAGAACGGCACAGUGCAGGAAAUCAUGAUCCCGGCUGGGAAGGCGGGGCUGGUGAUCGGCAAAGGGGGAGAGACCAUUAAACAGUUACAGGAGCGAGCUGGAGUGAAAAUGAUUUUAAUUCAAGACGGUUCCCAAAACACCAAUGUAGACAAGCCCCUUCGGAUAAUCGGAGACCCCUACAAAGUCCAGCAAGCAUGCGAGAUGGUGAUGGACAUCCUGCGAGAACGUGACCAGGGAGGCUUUGGUGACCGAAACGAAUACGGUUCCAGGAUCGGUGGAGGAAUAGAUGUCCCUGUGCCCAGGCAUUCUGUCGGGGUGGUGAUUGGCCGUAGCGGAGAGAUGAUUAAGAAAAUACAAAAUGAUGCUGGAGUUCGGAUACAGUUCAAGCAAGAUGAUGGGACAGGUCCUGAGAAGAUCGCCCAUAUUAUGGGGCCCCCAGACAGGUGCGAGCAUGCUGCCCGGAUUAUAAACGAUCUCCUGCAGAGCCUUCGGAGUGGCCCGCCGGGUCCCCCUGGCCCAGGAAUGCCCCCCGGAGGCAGAGGCCGUGGCCGAGGGCAGGGUAACUGGGGGCCUCCUGGAGGAGAGAUGACCUUCUCUAUCCCUACUCACAAGUGUGGGCUGGUCAUUGGCAGAGGCGGGGAGAACGUCAAAGCCAUAAACCAGCAGACGGGGGCGUUCGUCGAGAUCUCCCGGCAGCUGCCUCCCAACGGAGACCCCAACUUCAAACUGUUCAUCAUCCGCGGCUCCCCGCAGCAGAUCGACCACGCCAAGCAACUCAUCGAGGAGAAGAUCGAGGGCCCCCUCUGCCCAGUUGGGCCUGGGCCUGGGCCUGGAGGGCCCCCGGGCCCUGCUGGCCCAAUGGGCCCUUUCAACCCAGGACCUUUCAAUCCAGGGCCACCAGGAGCUCCCCCUCACCCUGGGGCUCCUCCCCCCCACCCAUACCCACCCCAAGGCUGGGGGAACACCUACCCGCAGUGGCAGCCUCCAGCCCCUCAUGACCCAAGCAAAGCAGCAGCGGCAGCAGAUCCCAACGCGGCCUGGGCAGCGUACUACUCGCACUACUACCAGCAGCCACCUGGCCCUGUGCCCGGGCAGCCACCAGCUCCCACAGCGCCCCCCGUUCAGGGGGAGCCGCCGCAGCCGCCCCCGGCCGGGCAGUCCGACUACACUAAAGCGUGGGAGGAGUAUUACAAAAAACUAGGCCAGCAACCCCAGCAGCCCGGGGCACCCCCACAGCAGGACUACACGAAAGCCUGGGAGGAAUAUUAUAAGAAACAAGCUCAAGUGGCUACUGGUGGAGGACCAGGGGCACCACCGGGACCUCAGCCAGACUACAGCGCAGCCUGGGCAGAGUACUACAGACAGCAGGCUGCCUACUACGGACAGACACCGGGGGCUGGGGGCCCAGUGCCGCCACCCACACAGCAGGGACAGCAGGCUCAGUGAAUUGAAUGUGAACUUCCCACCUGUGAAACCUUUUUGUUUUUGGAAAGAGAGAUGGCCGCUGUUGGGGAAGGGAGCCGGCCCCUGGGUCUGAUUGCUGGGUUUCUUAGCGGAACCUCGGCUGCUCCUCCUUCGAGUCUCUUUAAAAUAAAAAUAAAAUAAAAAAAUAAAAAUAAAAAUAUCUGAAUCCUUCAUGUUGAGCCAGCUGUAGAAGAUAGCGAACUAAAACUGCUGCAAGAACUCAGCCCUCCUGAAACACACGUCGAUUUCAGGGUAACAUGUUUUUUCUUUUCGUUUUGUUUUUAAAAAAAAAUAAAUAAAAAACUUUACAAGGAGAAAAAAAAUCACUCUGCUUUUUAGUUAGAGUUGGAACAUUCCUCGAAUAAGGUGUCGGUGUUUCAGAUAAAACAACCCCUUUCCCCCUCCCAUUUUCCCACAAUUGGGACUGGUCUGUCAUGUAUUUUGUCUGUUCAAGAGGAAACUGAAACAAACAAAAUUGUACGCUCAGUUUUUACUUUUUACCGCUUGUUUUUAACUUCACAAAUAAAUGAUAACAAAACCUGCCUGUGUCUGCUGGGUGGCGUCUGUCUGUCCAUAGGGUUUUGAAGCGGAUUGUUCUCAUGAUAUAGCUGUUGUAAAACCUGAUGAACUAGGAGCUCCUGUGGUUUUUUUAUAGUUUGAGCAGGCAAUUGUGCUUUGUUAAAUAAAAUGCUCUUUUUGUUUUGAAA